UUACCCAGUGUACAAAAUUAAACAUACGAUGCUUCCAAAUUGUUUUAUUUAUAUUGUCAGUUGUUCAGUUGGUUCUCGUCAAGGCGUUUUUCUUGGGUUAAAAGGAUGAAAUAUUAUCUUACUAUUUUUUACGUAUAAUAUUGGCUUUGUGCUUCUGUUGACAGUCUCGGGAUAAUAUAACUAGAGCCUAAAGUUUAAUAUGGUCGUCUGGUAACAAUAUAUUGCUGUAUAUUUUGGGGGGCAUUUUCAUUUACCGUGUUUUCAAUGGAUUAUGGUCGACACGUUACUUAAAGCUGGGUUGGUGAUUAUCUUGUAUCUUGCUGGGCAUUUUGACUGACAUUUGUUUCUUAUGUAUGCCUCGUGCAGCAUCUGUGGAAUAUGUGAAAAGUAUUUACAAAUUUGACCAACUUCAUGCACGAAAUUCUUUGCGAAAGAUCUUUUAAAAAGAGCCUGUCUACCUUUUGGCUAUUAAUUAGGACGUUACUUGUGUAUUUACGUUGGACUUGUAUGUUUGUUAGGGCGAACAGUAAACUUUGUUCAACUAGUUAAUUGGAAUUUGGUUUCGCCAAAAAGCUCGGCUUUAAGCUCAUAGCAGAUUAUUUAUGCAAUUUUUUACUUGGGCGUUAAGCUUUCGAAAGUGAUCAUUGACACAUUAGAAGUCCCAUAUUGAAAUAAGUAUCGCCUCAUUGGUUGAUUUAAGAACUAAAUUUGCGUAUUUAGAGUCGGUAUUAAGUCCGUUUACUCACUGUCUGCCAAUACUUCAUAAAAUUAAACUGCUCUCGCUACAAGAUAUAUAGCAAUGUUUAUGCGUUCAGGAAGAAAGUUAGAUAAGGCACUAACGAGCUUGUUUAAGUUUGACAAGAACACUUCAGCGACGCUCGAUCGUUUAGUGGGGGAAAUACACGAGAAUAAAGAGUUAUGCUGUUAUCAGUUUUUAAACCAUCCCGGAUCCGGAGAGAUGCUUGCUGGGAUAAUGAAACUGGUCCACUCCAAGGACAGAAGGAUUGCUGGUAAUGCGUCAUAUGUAAUGGGAUCGCUUGCGGAGACUCCAUUAGGAUGCAGCAGAAUAGUUCGUAUAUGUAUGACGUCAUCAGAGGAAGAAAACAGUCGAGUCCUUAAGAGUCUGACGUCAAUGUUAGACAUAUCAGAUACAGAUCAAGAGACUGUACUCAAUGCAGCUGGAACGUUAGGAACUUUAGCUGAAAAUGAAGAUGGUAGAUUAUGGUUGUUACGUCAGGCUGAGUUGAAUGAAACAAUUGAUAAAGUAUCAACACUGUUAUCUUAUGAAGAUAAUUGGAUCGCAAGUAACGCUGCUUUGGUUCUCGCAAGAUUGACGAUAUCUGAAGAAGGUUGCGCCCGAAUCCUCAACCAUCCUCACUCUACGAACAUUUUGACUCAGUUGAUCAAAUCUCUCCAAAAGGAUAAUGAAGUUGGUGCUGGCAUGAAUGCUGCGUUCGCCACAGGACGCCUAUGCGAUUUACAAACGGGACGCGUCCGUCUUCUCAAUCAUGUAAAUUCGAACUCAAUGCUUGACAGUUUACUAAAGAUGUUAAAAAGUGACGAUAUAGCUUGUCAAAAGAAUGCUUGCUUCGCCAUCAGUUGCUUAGCAACAAAUACUCUUGGUCAUUCUCGCUUAUUAAGAAAUGACUACAUUCACCAUUGGUUUUCGUCAAUGCCAGAAAUGUUGAAUUCUAGUGACGAAGAAUCCGUUUGGUUCGCCGCGAUGACAGUUCAUACGUUUGCCUGUCAGAAACCAGGAAUUUUGGCGUUACGAAAAGAUCCCGGAAUUAUCUCUGCUCUAAUGAAAUUGAGCGAGAAACCAGAAUUAAGCGAAGACACUGCUACUGAAGUUAGCGCUGCUUUGGAGUUACUUGAAAAAUUAACAAAACCUGAUUCACCUGAUGUUCAAGUUCAGAGUGCUUACGUUAUUUCCGUGAAAUGGGACAAGAUAUUUCCGAAGAGUGGAUUGGAAGUUUGGUAUGAACUGUACAGAGAUGAUGAAAUGAUCUACGCGGGAGACGAGGAUAGUUUCGUUGUUACUGAUGCUCAACCUGUUACAAAAUAUUCGUUUCGACUUCGACACACAACAGAAGGCGAUGAAAGUCCAUUUAGUAAUCCUGUCCAAGUAGAAACACCGGAGUCUGUACCCGGAGCACCAUUAUCACUGCUUUGCCUUAAUCGCACAACAUCGCAGUUAAAAGUGGCCUGGGAACCACCCAUAUUGACCAAUGGUGUUUUAAUGUGUUACCACGUGACAGUUAAAGGACGUAAAGUAUCGUUGGCGCCAUUUCAAGAAACUCAAGACACAAACUUCAUCUUGUCUGGUCUUUUGCCUGGAACUGAAUACAAAUUUGAGGUGUACGCCGUAACAGGCCAAGGUCGAGGUGAACCUGCUAUCCUACUGGUACAUACGGUCGAUCUGAGUCAUCACGCUCCAGCGAAACCAUCGCUCUCAGUUCUUGGUAGACACGAAAUUCAAGUCGAGUGGGAUACCCCUAAAGAACCGUUAAGCAGAAUCACUAGUUAUGAAGUUAAAGUAAAUGGAGAGACUGCUUUCAAUGGUCUCGAACGUUCCUGCAUUCUCCGACGUCUGCAGUCAGAUACAGAAUACACCGUCACGGUAAGUGCGUGGACAAAUGAAGGAAGAUGUGAAAGUGUUUCUAGCAAAAGACGAACAAACAGAGAUAUCACAAUUCCCGGGUCAAGAAGACCUCCGUUAUAUCCCUUUCAGAAGAAAGCAAACGGUAAAAAUAAGGAAGGAAAAGAAUGAUGCACGCACUUGGUGCAGUACUUCAUAUAGCUACAAUACUUCGUCUUCAUCAAUCACGUCAUAGUAUUAUACCUAAAAAUCUACUAUUCAGUCAUAGCUAGGUAUUCGGUUGUCUAGUUCUAAGCGAUGGCUUUAUUUUCACGUAAAAGUCCUCAAGUUUGGCUUCACCUGUUCAAAGUGUACUGCACUUUGGUGCAUGUCUGAUUUGGAAACGAACUGAAGGGCACGGAGCGCUUUUUUUUUGCAAUUUACUGGAUAAAAGACUUAUAACGGAACUGCCAGUACGUAUACCGAAUUCCAUGGUGGACAACAUACAUUCGAGUUGGGUUCAUUUCUUAUUCUGUGUUUCACAAUCGAAUGAAUGCAUUGUUGAGAAUGCAGAUGCUUCAUCUGAAAGUCGUUUCGACUUUCCCUGGUCAACAUUUCCACAUUUCAAGGUUCUACAUCCAUAUUCUCUGUUGAUAUGUGCGAUAUUAAACCUCCUAUACGCCAUACGUAACAUGUAAAAAGUGGAAACGUUUUUGAUAAAUGUAGUACGGAGUCCUCCAGUGUUGCCAAUAAAGUUUUAGAUACUAUAAAGUAAAAGAAAAAUGAGAAAAUGCUUUA